AUGGUGAGCCAACCCCGGGGCUUCCCUGUCGAAGCAGCAGGUAUAUGCCUGGAGAGCGACCAGCCAACCAGCCAACAGGCCAACGGUGCGAUCGCAUCGGGCGCUGCCCCGGCCGCCAGCAGCGCCCCCCCUGCUCGCUUGUCCUCCUGCUUCUUCAUCUCCUGCUCGUCUCGUUCUCCAGCUCUCCACUUGUUUGUGCUGCUUCUCUGGCUGGCUUUCUCUGGCUUCUGGCUUCUGGCUGCUCCCUCGCUUGCUCCACCGCCCCUGCUCUCCCGUGCCCCGAAGUGA